AUACACUCCAUUUAUUAGCUCCUGGAGUCCUUUCAUCAAACUGGUGAGUUUUCAUUCUGGUAUCAGUUGAGUUUGAGACAGAUUUAGGAAGAGGUGGGUUUUGAACCCACACCUUAGCCAUCAAUUCAUGUGAACUCGUUCACAUUGAACCGCAUACACAUCUCUUGCUGGUGAAGGAGCAAGACUACACAGAUAUUAGUUUUAAACACAUUUUCUGACUACUAGCUAGUGUUAAAAGCUAUUAAUUCCUUUUAUAGUCAAGGAAAUAGAUUCAGAGAUGUUAUCUACCCCAGUGGCCUUCAGUGGCCAAGUCAGGGUUUGAACCUCUUGAAGGAAAAGAGGUGGCCCCAAGGGAGGGAGUGAGUGUCAGAAGAGCCUGUGGGCCUGUAGGUUGGCAUAGGCCCACUUUGUUGGGCCCCACAAGGCUGCCAUUAAUGUCCAGUGGGUGGUUGGGAACUGAUGUCUCUUAACUGCAGGAGAGGGAAGAAAGAAUUCCUCACCCCUGUCUGACCUAGGCUUGUGAAAGCUUACUAGCACAGGAUAUGCUCUGAAGGGAGAAGCUGCAGGACCUGGUAAUAGUUGGGUAAGGAGUGAGGUGGCAGGCCACCGCCUGGUGUUUUCUCAGAUGUGAAUGGUAAGAAGAGCUGGUUAAGUGGCAGGUAAUGGUCUGUUCAGGAUGGGAGUAGGAUGGAAAGUUCACCCACUAAAUGGAAGACAAGUACAUCACCUCCAUCCUGUCUGCCAAAGCACCUUCAGCUUUGGCUAACCAACCCUUCACUCCUUGUUCCAUGGGUAGGACUCCUUCCGAGUGUCUUGGGGCCUAGCCCCACCCUUCUGGGAGGCCUCCAGAAUUGGCAUAUCCGGGGAAAGUUUAAGGAGAGAAUUUUGUGUUCAGUGUAGGGAAAUCCUCAAGUACUCGGAGUACUUGAUGGAGUCAGAUGGAGAUAGUUGGGUGAACAAAGUGAUCAGGGGAGGGGCAGCAGAGAGGUAGGGAGACCCAGGAGCUGUUAUUCAUUCCAAAAAUCCAGCUCUUCCGUUAGGGAUUAAUGAGGCCACAGAAUGGCAUUGUGUCCCCACGUCCGUGGUCGAUUUCCGUGUUUAACUGUUGGUGACCUUUCAAGUAUACUUUCUAGUUCUUUCCGGGCUUGAUAGGCUUCCUGUCAGGUGGCCAGACCAGAGUAAGGCUCAUUUGGAACGAGCAAAAAGACAUUAAGCUUUUGUGGAAGAAAUGAAAAGUUAGCAAGUACAUUGCUUGUUAAACGUCAACAAACUCAUGGGCGUGAAACUGGGGGUCUCAGAGCCAUUUUGUGGCCUAUGACGUCACCGCUAACGGGCAUGGCGUCACUCGCAGGAAGCCACUUGAUGGUAGAGCAAGAAGUCCCCCUCCCCUCUCACGGAAUAGAAUUGAGUCUGCGCAUGCUUUGCUCGAGGCCGCGCUCGUGCGCAUGCUCGCGAUGGCCAAGGGGGCGCGCUCAUGUCACGUGUUGUGGUGGUCGGCGCGCGCACUGCCUGCCCCGGAAGCUGUCGGUGUGCGGCGCGGCUGGGCGCUAAGAUGGCGGCGGCGUGAGUUGCAUGUCGUGUGAGGAUUCUGGGGCCGCUCUGUCGCUCGGGUCCCACCAUGGCCGUCACGAUCACGCUCAAAACACUGCAGCAGCAGACCUUCAAGAUCCGCAUGGAGCCUGAUGAGACGGUGAAGGUGCUAAAGGAGAAGAUAGAAGCUGAGAAGGGUCGUGAUGCUUUCCCCGUGGCCGGACAGAAACUCAUCUAUGCUGGCAAGAUCCUGAGUGACGAUGUCCCCAUCAGGGACUAUCGCAUUGACGAGAAGAACUUUGUGGUCGUCAUGGUGACCAAGGCUAAAACCAGCCCAGGCACCUCAGUACCCUCAGAGGCCUCACCCACUGCCACCCCGGAGUCUUCCACAUCCUUCCCGUCAGCCCCUGCCUCAGGCAUGUCCCACCCCCCACCUACUGCCAGAGAAGACAAAAGCCCUUUGGAGGAAUCUGCCCCCACGACGUCCCCGGAGUCUGUGUCUGGCUCUGUUCCCUCUUCAGGUAGCGGCGGGCGAGAGGAAGACGCGGCCUCCACGCUAGUGACGGGCUCUGAGUAUGAGACAAUGCUGACGGAGAUCAUGUCCAUGGGCUACGAGCGAGAGCGGGUCGUGGCCGCCCUGAGAGCCAGCUACAACAACCCCCACCGAGCUGUGGAAUAUCUACUCACGGGAAUUCCUGGGAGCCCCGAGCCAGAACACGGUUCUGUCCAGGAGAGCCAAGUUUCAGAGCAGCCAUCCACAGAAGCAGCAGGAGAGAACCCCUUGGAAUUUCUGCGAGACCAGCCUCAGUUCCAGAACAUGCGGCAGGUGAUUCAGCAGAACCCUGCGCUGCUGCCAGCCCUGCUCCAGCAGCUGGGCCAGGAGAACCCCCAGCUCUUACAGCAAAUCAGCCGGCAUCAGGAGCAGUUCAUCCAGAUGUUGAAUGAGCCCCCCGGGGAGCUGGUGGACAUCUCAGACGUGGAGGGCGAGGUGGGCGCCAUAGGUGAGGAGGCCCCGCAGAUGAACUACAUCCAGGUGACGCCGCAGGAGAAAGAAGCUAUAGAGAGGUUGAAGGCCCUGGGCUUUCCAGAGAGCCUGGUGAUCCAGGCCUACUUCGCUUGUGAAAAAAACGAGAACUUGGCUGCCAACUUCCUCCUGAGUCAGAACUUUGAUGACGAGUGAUGCUGGGAGGCCAGGCUGCCCACCACCCCCUCCUCCCCACCCUCCCAUCCCCUCUCCACAAAAGUUUUAUAAAAGAAAAAAAUAUAUAUAUAUAUUCAUGUUUAUUUAAGAAGUGGAAAAAAAAAAUCAAAAACUAAAAAAAAGAAACUCCGACCCAACUUCCCACUCUCCUAAAGUGGUCCCUCAUUCCCAUCUUGGCCUGAAAAGACCUGGGCCAGACAGCUGUCCCCCUCUCCCCAUCCCCCACCCCAGCCCAGCCUGCUCUAAGGAGCUGGCAGAACUGGAGGUGACAGAUGGGCCCCUCUUGGCCUGUGUCCCAGCUCCCUGCAGCCAGAUGGAGAGGCGGCUGCUUGCUUCCCCACCCCCCCAGAGAGCCCCCGAGACCUCCCCCGCCCUCUUCCAGGGUGAGGGGAAGCUGGAGCUCCAAACUUUUGAUCCUCCAUUGGAGUGUCUCACAUCUUUCCAUCUGGGGUGAACGCUAAAGAGGCCCAAGGACUCCUCUGUGGUCUGGCCUAGGCUUCCAUCCUGCAUCCCUUUGCUGGCGGGGGGAAGGUCUGGUUUGUCCUGCUUGGGGAAGGGGAAACAUCAGAGUUGCUCUGGAGUUUGAGGCUAGCCCCCCACCCCAGAAGAGAACUGUUGUCUCUGAUAAAGGUUUUGAAGUGAAUAAAGUUUUAAAAGCCA